CCAUGUAUGUUCAAUUCCAACGAAAGUUCUUUACGCUUCCUAAUCACCAUCUAACGCUCCAAAAUUAACAUUGUCUACGUCUGUCCAUUAAUACCAACGGUCUAGAUUGCAGGGAACACACUUUUCCUUUCUUGGUCGCUCCAUUUUUUGACACCCUCAAAGUUCCGUUCGGCUUGAGCAUCGAAACUCGAAGACCAUCAAUUGAUGAGCCGGUAAGCUUCCGUUGUCAAUUCCUUGUGCCCAUUCGAGUUAGUUUUUCUGGGUUUUCCUCUUAACGAUGAUUGAACAAACUGUGGAUUCGAUUUUCGGCUUUUGUUGGUGAAAUUUAAUUUGGGUUAACUUAAAGUGUGGAUUCUGUUAUUACCCAGAUGGGAUCUGGAGAUGAAGUUGUGGAAAUUGAGAGUUUGGAGAGGGGUUUGUUAUCUGGUAAAGAGAUAGAAAAGGCUGAGGAUGAUAAUACUGACACUGUCUUAUAUACGGCGUCAUUUCAUGAGAAAGAAGACAAUUUUGUGAAAUAUCAAAUCGCCCAAUGGGUAUUAUAUUCAUUGCUUUUGAUAUUGGCUUGGGGCAUUGGGUUGUUCAUGCUUUUGUAUCUGCCUGUAAGGAGAUAUAUACUGAGGAAAGAUAUCCGCUCCAGAAAGCUCUAUCUCACUCCAAAUGCCAUUGUAUAUAAAAGUACAAGGCCGGUUCCAUUUCCAUGUUUUGGGGUAUUGAAGAAAGAGAAGCAUGUUUUAUUGCCUUCAGUCAGGGAUAUUGUGAUCGAACAAGGCUAUUUGCAGUCUUUGUUUGGUGUAUACUCUCUUAGAAUAGAAAAUGUUGGUGUAAGAAGGCCUCCAAGUGAUGAUGUUCAAAUCCAAGGCAUAACAAAUCCAAGUGCUUUCAGAAAGGCUGUUUUGACUCGGCUUUCAAAUAUGAGGAGUGAGGUUUUCUCUAGGCAAGCUUCUGUGACUGAAGACACACCAAAAACAAGUUAUUCAUUGAUUGGGAUGUCGCCAUCAAAAUCUGCAAGGCAGGAUGUAAGUCUAUAUUCAGGAGAUUUAGUACUACAAAAACUUGAGGAGGUCGAAAGUUCUGUAAAGAGAGUUCAAAGCUUAAUGGAGGAACAACAAUGCCAAACAUCACAAUCUGUUGAUUAAGGUGAGUGUGUGAUUUAUUGUAUUGGAUUCCUGGUUUAUUGUGUCUGUUUUAUUGUACAUCUCUUUUGGUGCCAAGUGGUAAUCUAGAUGGACAUGUAUUAGAAUCAAUAUUAAUUUUUCUCUAGCAUAAUUAUCUAAUUCAUUCACGAUGUAAAAAAUCAUAUGUUCUAUUUUUUUUUUUUUGUAAUUCGUUUCAAUGCCUCUGUUACCUGUAUCGAUCACUUUGGACAAUCCAACCAACGGGCAGAUUUUUAAAUGAGAACAUUAUGUCACUCCAUAACAAAUAAUUUACAUAAGUUUUAUUGUCU